AUGCGCACGCAACAGGGUUCAGAGGGGGCUGUGCCCUUGCCUGGGGGGAGCUGUGGCAGCAGCAGUGGCAGUUCGGGCCUGUCGCCGGGCUCGGAUUCAGACAGCAGCUUGGGUCCCGGGCCAGGUGGACCAGUCACAGGGACCCUACGCGGGGUUCUGUCCCGGUACUGGAGCUUGGAGAGUCUACACUCCACCACUGCGCUGGUAGUGCCUGACGGGGCUCCAGACAAGGUGGGUUUGGGGGAUGAUGCGGGCAGUGAGGAAGACCUCUAUGAAGAGUUCCGCAGCUCUGGACAUCGCUUUGGGCACCCCGGCGGAGGAGGAGAGCAGCUGGCCAUAAAUGAGCUGAUCAGUGAUGGCAGUGUGGUCUAUGCUGAAGCGCUGUGGGAUCAUGUCACAAUGGACGACCAGGAACUUGGCUUCAAGGCAGGUGAUGUCAUCGAAGUAGUGGAUGCCACCAACAAGGAGUGGUGGUGGGGCCGCAUCCUGGACAGCGAGGGCUGGUUCCCAGCCAGCUUCGUUCGGUUGCGUGUGAAUCAGGAUGAGCCAAUGGAGGAAUACCUAGCUCAGCUGGAGGAGGCGCGGGAGGAGGACAGCCCUGGGGUGGGGCUGCUACUGGGGCCCGGCCUCCCCUGCAAGGAGCAGAUGAGGACCAACGUUAUUAACGAGAUCAUGAGCACAGAAAGGGACUACAUCAAACAUCUGAAGGACAUCUGUGAGGGCUAUAUUAAACAGUGCCGAAAGCGAACGGACAUGUUCACGGAAGAGCAGCUCCGCACCAUCUUUGGAAACAUUGAGGAAAUCUAUCGCUUCCAGAGGAAAUUCUUGAAAGGUCUGGAAAAGAAGUUUAACAAGGAUGAGCCACAUCUCAGCGAGAUCGGAUCCUGCUUCUUAGAGCAUCAAACAGAUUUCCAGAUCUACUCGGAAUACUGUAACAAUCAUCCCAAUGCCUGCCUCCAGCUCUCCAGACUCAUGAAGGUCAACAAGUAUGUGUUCUUCUUUGAGGCCUGCCGCCUCCUCCAGAAGAUGAUUGACAUCUCACUGGAUGGGUUUCUACUCACGCCAGUCCAGAAGAUCUGCAAGUAUCCUCUACAGCUAGCUGAGCUUCUAAAGUACACCAACCCCCAACACAGGGAUUAUAAAGAUGUAGAGGCUGCCUUAAAUGCCAUGAAGAACGUUGCCAGGUUGAUUAAUGAGAGGAAACGUCGUCUGGAAAACAUUGACAAGAUCGCUCAAUGGCAGAGCUCCAUAGAGGACUGGGAGGGAGAAGACGUUCUCAGUAGGAGUUCAGACUUGAUCUUCUCGGGCGAACUGACCAAGAUCUCCCAGCCUCAGGCCAAAAGCCAACAACGCAUGUUCUUCUUAUUUGACCAUCAGAUGGUCUACUGCAAAAAGGAUCUCCUGCGUAGAGACAUGCUUUAUUAUAAGGGCAGAAUGGAUAUGGACCAGAUGGAAGUAAUAGACUUGGAAGAUGGGAAGGACAAGGAUUUCAAUAUGAACGUAAAGAAUGCCCUGAAACUUCGCUCGCUGAAUGGAGAGGAGAUCCACCUGCUGUGUGCCAAGAAACCUGAACAGAAACAACGAUGGCUUCGUGCUUUUGCCGAUGAGCGGGGACAAGUGCAGCACGACCGUGAGACAGGUUUCUCUAUUACUGAGGUCCAGAAGAAACAAGCUAUGCUGAAUGCCUGCAAAAGCCAUCCAGCUGGGAAGCCCAAAGCGGUAACCAGGCCAUACUAUGAUUUCCUGCUCCGUCAGAAACACCCAACGCUGCCCACCAACCUGCCCCAGCAGCAGGUCUUCAUGCUGGCAGAACCCAAACGCAAGAGCUCCAACUUCUGGCACAAUAUUGGCAGACUGACACCUUUCAAGAAGUGA